AUGUACAAAACACGUCUAGGAGGAUGUGUUGAUGGAGUUCAAUCCCAGCUUGGAUACGUUGAAACCGAUGCAUCUGGUCGGUAUGGACGUUUCAGAGAGGUUCUUGGUAAAGGAGCCAUGAAGACAGUGUAUAGGGCAUUUGACGAGGUCCUUGGAAUGGAGGUGGCAUGGAAUCAGGUGAAGCUUAACGAUGUCUUCCGUUCACCAGAGGAAUUGCAACGACUUUACUCUGAGGUUCACCUCCUCAAGAACCUCAACCAUGAUUCCAUCAUGCGAUUCUACACAUCUUGGAUCGACAUUGAUCGUAGAACUUUCAACUUCAUCACUGAAAUGUUCACCUCUGGCACCCUUAGAGAGUACAGACAGAGGUACCAACGUGUGGAUAUGCGAGCAAUUAAGAACUGGUCUCGCCAAAUUCUACAAGGUCUGGCUUAUCUGCAUGGCCAUGACCCUCCAGUGAUCCACAGAGAUCUUAAGUGUGAUAACAUCUUUGUCAAUGGUCACCUUGGACAAGUCAAGAUCGGUGAUCUAGGAUUAGCCGCCAUUCUUCGUGGGUCACAACAUGCCCAUAGUGUUAUAGGAACGCCAGAAUUUAUGGCACCGGAACUAUAUGAGGAGGAUUACAACGAGCUAGUGGAUGUAUACUCGUUUGGCAUGUGCGUACUAGAAAUGCUUACUUCUGAGUAUCCAUACAGUGAGUGCUCCAAUCCGGCACAAAUCUAUAAGAAAGUGACUUCGGGAAAGUUGCCAGAGGCAUUCUACAGGAUUCAAGAUGAGGAAGCCCGGCGAUUUGUUGGAAAGUGCCUGGAGAAUGUUUCCAAGAGGUUGCCAGCCCAUGAACUCUUGCUGGACCCAUUUUUGGCCUCUAAUGAAGCGAGUCCGUUGCCAAUUCCAAGAGUCUCGAGCCUAAAGCUAACUGCUAAAGGCCCAGUCACAGAGCUGGCGCCUUCUGUGGAGGCUGAUCCAACAAGGAGUACCAAUAUGUCAAUAACUGGCACAACGAAUCCUGGAGAUGACACUAUUUUUCUCAAAGUACAGAUUACAGACAAGGAUGGUCAUGCUCGGAACAUUUAUUUUCCCUUUGACAUAGUGAAUGACACUGCAAUUGAUGUCGCCUUGGAGAUGGUGAAAGAAUUGGAAAUUAAUGACUGGGAGCCAUUGGAGAUUGCUGAAAUGAUAGAGGAAGAGAUAUCUUCCCUUGUUCCAACUUGGAAGGACUUGGGCUCCUCUCAAGUCCAUCAUCAGCACAGCUUCAAGUACGAAGAUGAAGAUGAUGAUGAUGAUGCUGAUGAUGACCAAACCGGAAUUCACCAUCCUUUCUAUGCUACCUCCUCCUGUUCUUCCUCCCAAGUUUCCCUCCCAACUUUCCUUUCUUCCUAUGAAACACAAUUUUGUCAUGGCAAAAAUGUGACUUCUAGUUGCAGUUGGCCCCAAGAAGAUGUAUUUAGCAAUGAUGAUGCAAGUUCCAGUUGCUCCAUGAACUCGCUCCGAUAUUCUAGCAUGAAUUAUGACGAUGACUUUGAUUGGAGUGUUCAACAGGGAGAGCACCCCUGCAUUCCAAAGAACCUCAAAGCUACAAGAUUCUGUCCAUCAGAGAGCACGAGUGUUUACAGCCACAAAAUAUGCAAUGCACAACUUGAUUCAUGGAGGUUUUCUCACUCAAAUGAUCAGCGGAAGCUAACCAAGAUUCGUUCACUUGUGGACAUACGUAGCCAAUUGCUGCACAGAUCAGUAAUGGCAGAGAUAAACAAAAGGCGCUUGUUUAAGACCAUCGGAGCCAUGGAGAACAUUGGAUUUCAGGAGCCGAACGGCUGCUUCAGCGGCAGCCUCGCCGGGAGGAUUUCAAGAUCGUGACGAAAAUUAUGUGGGAUAUUUAGGUGGUUAAAAUCCCAUUAAUCUCUCUUUUAAUAGUCCACUUACUUUAUGCUGUGUUUUAAGUGUUGGUGCUUUGUACAAAUUAACUCUAAAUCCUCAAUCUGGUUCAGUGGAGUAACUAACGCAGAUUACAGGAUGCAUCAGACUAUGAAGUUAUAUUCCAUAAAACAUCACUAUAUAUAUAUAUUUUGGAAUGAGGAAACUUUAU